GAGAAAGAGUGACGUCAUGAUGGCAUGGGCCGCGGCGGAGAAGCGUCUAGAAGCAGGCCCGACCCAGCUGAGCGUGUGGCCCAAUUGCGGAGGGCAGCGGCGUGGGCUUGCCACGUAAGACAACGGCACCACCUGCUCCUCAACAGUAUAAAACCCCCGAGGGAGGCAAGAGAGUGCAAGAUGAGCGAAGGGUUUUGGAGGAGGAAUCCAGCGAUCUUUUGAUCUUCUCUGCCCGGUGAUCUUGGAAAUGUCAAGUUCUUCCAAGCAAAACGAGUUUGAAGUUGAUCGCAUCGAGCACUAUAGAUAUAUGAUCUCUAAAUUAAUUGAAAAUGAAGGAUCUUUGUCCACACAAGUUUCGGGAGAAGUUCAAGAUAGUAUAACCCAAGAUAAUGCCAAAGAGGGUCAAGGCUUUGAGAAGUCCUUUCCGUUUGCAGAAGGAAUUAGUGACCUUUCAGAGUUCAAAAAGGAGGGAUUAAAGAUUGUUCUUCAUGAGGUUGUUUCAUUCUUCGCAAAUGCUGUUGAGAAGGUCAGUAAAGAGAUACGGGCAAUGGAAGAAAAUGGUGAAACACAUCAAGAGGCUGUUAAGAAAUUCUCUGCUGAGUUGUUGGAAAAGCUUGAUAAAAUGGCACGAGGUGUUGAUGACAUGCUGGACAUAUUGGCAUCCAAGUGCAGAUCUAUGACCACUGCUGAGAAGCUUUAGCUCAGUGAGCGCAUCCGCAAGCUUCCGGAAAAGGCUCUUGAUCGUGUGGUGGAGAUAAUUGAGAUGAGAAAAGUAGCAAAUGAGUGUUCUGGCAAAAUAACCUUCAGCUUGGCAACAAUGGUAUCCCACAGUUCUGUUUAUUAUUUGAAGUAGAUAUCAGAGAUAUAUGUGGUCUGACAUUUUGGCUAAUUGUUAACUGCAUUUCUGAAGUUGUCCAUUGCAUAGAUUCACAUGCCAAACAAAAUGAAAACGCCGGAUACUGUUUUGCUUGCUUUUAUGUAUUUCUUACAUAAGGAGGUACUCUUUUCUCUAGAAAAUGAAACUGUGUUAUAUGUUAGUAUGUUGGAUGCAAGAAUCUCAAACCACAGGCACUGUUUUAGUUGACUUUGCACUUAUAUUUACUUAUUCA